AUGGCUGAUUCACUCGUACAACUUGCUAUUCAAUUGAUAUGUACUAUUGUUUCCACUAUCAUUGUCAUCGGGAUCAUAGGUAAUUCAAUCAAUAUUGUCGUACUUUCGCGAUCAACAUUGCACAAUCAUGCUUGUUCUCGUUAUUUUCUAGCUCUUGCUGGUAACAAUCUUUUCUUAUCAAGUGCAUUUCUUAUUAAUCGUCUACUUAUUACUGUUUAUCAAUUGGAUGUGACCAAAAUAUCACUUCUAUCAUGUAAACUUAUUCAAUAUGUUACUGGUAUAUGCGUAGUUAUAUCACCUUAUUUUAUUGUGCAUGUAUCAAUUGAUAGAUAUUGUGCAACACUUUGUUACAUAGAUUAUCUGGUAUUCAUCGAUCUUCGACAAGAUGAUUCUCUUGGAUGUGCUAUACGAGGUGAUAUAAUCUACAAAAAAAUAUAUUCAAUCACACAAUUCAUUGUUUUUGCUAUUAUUCCACCAUGUCUUAUGGGAUUUUUCGGUGGAAUGACUAUUUAUAAUAUGAAACAUAUAUAUUUACUUCCAAGAGUAGCUAAACGUUAUUGUCGAACUGAAAAUCAACUUGGUCGAAUGCUUCUUCUUCAAGUUGACGCUUAUAUUUUACUUACACUUCCGUUAUCAAUUUCAUAUUUAAUAUUAGUUUUACCAAAUUCAUUUAAAAUUACAACACAAUUUCAAUUUAUGUAUUUAAUAUGUCAACUUUUCUAUUAUUUAUCUUGUGUUACAAUUUUUAUCUUAUAUUUUUUUUCAGCUAAUAUAUAUCGAAAUGAAUAUAUUCGAUUAAUAUAUCAAAUGAGUCGAAUUUAUCGUGAAACUCGUAUUCAUUUAACAAGAACUCGAAAUAGUAUUCUACCAAUAACUACUACAUCGAAUAAUACACGGGCUCUAGCAUCUAAUUCUACAAGACGUAAUGCAUCAAUACAAAAACAUUAA